GGUUGGGCUGGGGUAGGCAGUCAUUGUAAAUAAGUAUUUGAUCUUAACUGACUUGCCUAGUUAAAUAAAGGUUAAAUUAAAAAACAUUAAAAAGUACUUGGGUGUACAAGGUUUUACUACAGAAAAGUAACAAGGUGUAAUUGUUGCUACAAUUUUAAAUGAUGAUUCCUUUAAAUGUUUGUAUCAACAAAUGUAACGUGAUCGACCACUCACUCCCGCACAGUAGGUGGUUGCAUGCACAAACAAAUGUGCGAACGCUACAAUACCAAAGAAGAUGAUUGUCUAAUCAGCUGGAUAACUCCAUGCGCGCUCCCCUCCUCCCAGUCAAACUUCGCCGUGCCCGCGCACCGGCGACCCGCCCGUCAUCCAUGUUGUCUAUGUGAUCAAGCUGUCAGCAACCGGUCCGGUUUAUUAAACUACACAUUACUCUCGGAAUUACACCAUUCUGCCAUUACGAGAAGGCUGCAUAACGCCAGGGAGACCUUGUCGGGGCUAUUUAGAUUUUUUUUUACAGCGGACAUAAAAUAAGUUAAAGUUGAGGUUUUUUGCCCCGUGGUGAGAGAGCUGCCAGUCUACAUUCCUGAGCUGUGACAGGAUGACUCAGGUGUGUGUUGAGUCAGCGCUCAUCGCCCCGAAUGGAAUUGCCUCAAUAGAUCAGUGAGAGAUGACUGCGAGCCGGCCGGCUGAGUAGAGGAACGGGAGCCGCCCCCUCUGCCACUUGCAGCCAUGAAUGGUGACCUCAGUGUGUGGGCUAUCUCUCCAGAAGAGAGGAACAAACAUGAUAAACAGUUUGACACCCUCUCUCCCACCAUGGGCUACAUCUCAGGGGAGCGGGCCAGGAAGUUCUUCUUGCAGUCGGGUCUUCCCUCCUCGGUUCUUGCAGAGAUAUGGGCGCUGGCUGACAUGGGUAAGGAUGGGAAGAUGGACAGGUUGGAGUUCUCCAUCUCUAUGAAGCUCAUUAAGCUCAAACUGCAGGGCACGCCCCUUCUCUCAACUUUACCAAUCAUCAUGAAGCAACCGCCAGUGCCCGCCCCUAACCCCUCCUCUACGGACGCCAUGUCCACCUCGCGCUACGGAACGGGUUCCGUGCCAAACCUAUCUAUGAUGCCCGGAGGCAUCGCCAUGCUCACCCCUAACCUCUCACCCAUGACACCUAUGAGCGGCCUCACCCCCAUGAUCCCAACAGCUACAGGCAUGGCCCCCCUGGUUUCCACGUCAACGAUGCCCAUUCCCUUGCUGCCGUCCAUUGGCAGCCCCGCUUUGCCCAACGGCACUAUGGGUAUUCUACAGCAAUUCCCACCAGGGUACAUGGGGACAGGCAUGUCUCUCUCUGCACCGUACGUAUCCUCUCCCCUGGGUCUCUCUGCACCGUACGUAUCCUCUCCCCUGGGUCUCUCUGCACCGUACGUAUCCUCUCCCCUGGGUCUCUCUGCACCGUACGUAUCCUCUCCCCUGGGUCUCUCUGCACCGUACGUAUCCUCUCCCCUGGGUCUCUCUCCUGGGAUCAACAAAGCUACAUCACUGUUGGACUCAAGCAGCUCCAACUCGUCCUCCACCACCUCCCUGGCAGGUAGUUCUCUGAAGACCGCUCCCUCUGACUGGGCCGUGCCUCACGCCUCGCGUCUCAAAUACAGACAGCAGUUUAACAGCCUGGACAAGCACAUGCCGGGAUACCUCACGGGUCCGCAAGUGAGGAAUGCCAUGGCAACCACUCUGCUCACUCAUACACAGCUGGCCACCAUCUGGUCCCUGGCUGAUGUAGAUAAGGAUGGGACGCUAAGAGGAGAGGAGUUUAUUCUGGCCAUGCAUCUAGUGGACGUGGCCAAGACCGGACGACCCUUACCACACACACUACCGACAGAUCUAAUUCCACCAUCUGAGAGGGGUUCUGUAAAUGGGACCAGUUUGUCUCUCUAUGCUGGCAUCACAGAAGAACUGGAGGCUGAGCCACCACAGAAAACCAAAAACAACCUGUCGUUUGAGGAUAAGUUCAAGGCCAACCUGGAGCGAGGGAACGCAGAGCUGGAGAAAAGAAGACAGGCUCUGCAGGAUGCACAGAGGAGAGAGGAUGAGAAACGCCAGCAGAAGGAGACGGAGGAACGAGAGAGGAGAGAGAGAGAGGUCAGGGAGCAAGAGGAGAGGAGGAGGAAGGAGGAAGAGAGGAAGAUGGAGCGGCAGAGGGAGAUGGAGAGACAGGAAGAGGAGGAGAGGCUGAAGGAGAUGGAGAGAAAAGAGGCGGCGCAGCGUGAGCUGGAGCUCCAGAGGAAGGAGGAGCUGGAGAGGAGGAGGAGAGGAGAGCUGCAGCGCCAGAAGAGUCAGGAACAGGAAGACGUCAGCCAACUAAAGGCCAGGAAGAGGAGUCUGGAGAUGGAGUUGGAGGCUGUGGGUAACAAACACAGACAGAUCUCUGAGCGGCUGCGGGAUGCUCAGAGUAGAAGGAAGGUGCAACGCAGUGAGCUGGAGCUGGCCAAUCAGAGACGAGACACAGCCAGACAGGAUAUCAACUCCCUGCAGAGACAACUAGAGGAGAACCAGAGGAAGCUGUCCCAGCUGACUCCAGAACAGCAGAGACUCAGUGACAAACUGAAGGACAUGGCCCUCAACAACCUGCCAGUCUCCACCAUAUCCACUCUCAAACGUAGCACCAGCGAGAAGGACGGAGCCUGUCGUGACCUGAAGCAACAGCUGGAUGCUCUGGAGAAAGAGACGGCUGCUAAACUGGCUGACAUGGAUCAUUACCUGAAGGACAUACAGGAACUGAGAGAGAACCAGCGGAAGCAGCAUUCGGCUCUGGAUAAACUACGGAGCAUCAAAGAGGACAAAGGGAGAGAACUGGAGAGACAGAGAGAGCAGCAGGAGGAGAGGAAGAGGAGGGAGGAGGAGAGGAAGAGGAGGGAGGAGGAGAGGAAGAGGAGGGAGGAGGAGGAGGAGAGGAGAGAGGAGGAGGAGGCCAAAAGGCGUAUUAAGCUGCAGAAGGAGCGUCAGUGGCAGGAGAAGCUGAAGAGAGAGGAGGAGGAGAGACAGAGGAGGCUGCAGGAAGAGAGAGAGGCCAAACUGAGAGAGGAGGAGGAGAAGGAGACACAAGCCCGCCUCUUAGCUGCUAAAGAAAAGGUAGAACGAGAAAGCAGAGAGGAGGAGGAGAGGAGGAGACAGGAGGAAGAGGAGAGGAAGAGGAGAGAGGAGGAGAGAAGACAGGAGGAAGAGGAGAGGAAGAGGAGGGAGGAAGGGGAGAGGAAGAGGAGGGAGGAGAGGGAGGAAGAGGGGAGGAAGAGGAGGGAGGAGGAGAGGGAGGAAGAGGAGCGGAAGAGGUUAGAGGAGGAGAGGGAGGUUGAGAAGAAAAGGCAGGAAGAGGUGGAGAGCAAGAGGUGUGAGGAGGACAAGAAGAGAUUGAAGAGGAAGGAUGAGGAGAGGAGGAGGCAGCAGGAGGAAGAAGCGAGGAGGCUGAAAGAAGAAGCGAAGAGGAAGCUGGAGGAGGAGAGGAGGAGCAGAGAGGAGGAGGUGGCGGCGGUGCGCCAGCAGGGGCGUGCAGGGAAGACAGACAUCCACGACAAACUGUUAGCCCUUCUUGGAGGUCUAGAGGAGAGGAAAGGCGGUCUGAAACCCCAGGCCACAGAGCACAGGAAGUCUGCGAUGCUCACUUCCUUCCGGGCGCUCUACCCUUUCACCGCUCGCAACCUGGAAGAACUCAGCUUUGAAACCGAUGAGGUCAUCGAGGUAGAUGAGAGUACGGAGCGAGAGCAGGGUUGGCUGUACGGGAGUCGUCAGGGAAAGAUGGGCUGGUUCCCAGAGAGUUAUGUAGAGAGACAGUUCAAAUCAGAGAGACCUGCUACUGUUACUACAACUACCACUGCUGGUGCUACUACUGCUGUUUAUGCUGCUAAACAGGCCCUCAGACCACAGCUCUCCACCCCCAUCAACACAGGGAAACCCGGGGAAGAUGCUUCUAUGUCAACAGGACAGAACUCUGCCUUCACGCCUACACACGCCCCUCACCCCACCCCCUCGGAGCAGGUGGUGGGUCACCUGCAGGCCCAGGCUCUGUGUUCGUGGACUGCUAAGACAGAGAGCCAUCUGAACUUCAGUAAGGAUGAUGUGAUCCGGGUGCUGGAGCAGCAGGACAGCUGGUGGCUGGGGGAGCUCAAUGGGGUUCAGGGCUGGUUCCCCAAAACAUAUGUCACACUCCUGGGAGACAAUGACAACACCACUGCCCUGACGUAUUCUCCGCCAGAUGAAGUGGAGUCCUCAGAUGCUGCUCAACAGGAAGAGUACAUGGCGCUGUACACCUAUGAGAGCCCAGAGCAUGGCGACCUGACGUUUAGAGAGGGUGAUGUGAUCCUGGUGACCCAGAGAGAGGGAGAGUGGUGGAGCGGAGGCAUCGGAGACCGCACUGGAGUGUUCCCUUCUAACUACGUCAAACCCAAAGAGACCGACACAUCCAGCAGCCCAGGGAAGCCAGGACAGCCUGGGAAGAAGCCAGAGAUAGCCCAGGUGAGCACUGCCUUCAUGGCCACAGGAACAGAGCAGCUCAGCCUUGCACCAGGACAGCUCAUCCUCAUCCUCAGCAAGGAUUCCUCCGGCUGGUUGCUCGGAGAACUGCAGGCGCGAGGAAAGAAGCGUCAGAAGGGUUGGUUUCCUCCCUCACAUGUCAAAAUGCUGGGAUCUAACAGCGGCAGGUCCACACAGGCACCUCUACCAGUGUGUCAGGUCAUUGCCGCGUACGACUACAAAGCAGCCAACGAGGAUGAGAUGAGCUUCUCCAAAGGUCAGAUGAUCAAUGUGUUCGACAAGAACGACCCCAAUUGGUGGAAAGGAGAGGUCAAUGGGAUCACCGGUCUGUUCCCAACCAAUUACGUCAAGAUGACCACCGUCGACUCCGAUCCCAGCCAGCAAUGGUGUGCUGACCUAAACAGUCUGGAGUCUAUGAGUCCCCAGGAGAGGAAGAGACAGGGUUACAUCCACGAGCUCCUCCAGACAGAGGAGAGAUAUGUAGAGGACUUACAGAUAGUCAUGGAGGUGUUCCAUAAGCCCAUGUCUGAGUCUGGCCGUCUGACGGAAGCAGAGAUGGUCAUGAUCUUUGUCAACUGGAAGGAGCUCAUCGCCUGCAACACCAAACUGCUGAAGGCCCUGCAGGUACGUAAGAAGACGGGGGGCGUCAACAUGCCUGUCCAGGUUAUAGGGGACAUCUUGGCGUCAGAGCUGCCUCACCUCCAGCCUUACAUCCAGUUCUGCUCCUGUCAACUCAACGGAGCGACCCUGCUACAGAGUAGGACUGACAACCAACAGGACUUUAAAGACUUCCUCAAGAAAAUCGCCACAGACUACCGCUGUAAAGGCAUGCCCUUAUCCAGCUUCCUGCUGAAGCCCAUGCAGAGGAUCACACGCUACCCUCUACACAUCAAGAAUAUCCUGGAGAGUACCCAGGAGGAGCAUGCAGACUGCAGGCCCCUGAGAGAGGCUCUGGAGCGGGCUGAGGAGCUGUGUACUCAGGUCAACGAGGGGGUCAGGGAGAAGGAGAACUGUGACAGGCUGGAGUGGAUACAGUCACACGUACAGUGUGAGGGAGUCACAGAGAACCUGGUGUUUAACUCUCUGACUAACUGCCUGGGGCCUCGUAAGCUGCUCCACAGUGGGAAGGUGUAUAAGAUGAAGGGCAAUAAGGAGCUGUGGGCUUUCCUUUUUAACGACUUCCUGUUGCUCACCCACGCCGCCAGACAGUUCAGCUCCUCGGGACCGGACAGACUCUUCACCAGCAAGAACAGCACACAGCUUAAGAUGUACAAGCCGCCGGUGUUCCUCAACGAGAUUCUAGUGAAGCUGCCUGACUCCUCCAGUGAAGAGCCCUUCUUCCACAUCUCCAACAUAGACAGAGUCUACAGCCUCAAAACAGAGAACAUCAACGAGAGGACGGCCUGGGUCCAGAAGAUCAAGGCUGCGUGUGAGGACUUCUUCCAGAUGGACAAGAAGAAGAGAGCAAAGGCCUACCAAGCUCGUUCUCUGAAGGCCAGUGGAAUCGGCCGUCUGUUAGUCACCGUCCUGGGGGCCACUGAACUGAAGUCCAGCAAACCCAACGGUAAGAGUAACCCUUACUGUGAGGUGACCAUGGAAGCUCAGAACUACACCUCCAAGACUCUGAGUGACACAGUCAACCCCAAGUGGAACUUUAACUGUCAGUUCAACAUCAGAGACCUGUACCAGGAAGUGCUCUGCAUCACCAUCUUCCAGAGGGAGCAGUUCUCCCCUGACGACUUCCUGGGUCAUACGGAGGUUCCCGUGGCAACCAUAAAGGAGGAGUUGGAGAACAAGGGGCUAGUGACACGCCGCUUGCCGCUCCAUGAGGUCCCCACUGGAGAGGUGUGGGUCUGCCUCGACCUGCAGCUCUUCCAAAACAGUGCAUCCAAAUAAGGACAUCCUGGCCAACACUGGACGCCCAAAUAAGGACAUUUGGCCAACACUGGACGCCCAAAUAAGGCCUUCUUGACCUGCAGCCACAUGGGGAGGGACUUGUUAUAUAUUGUAUCUAACUGCUGGUCUCGGGUCAGAUACUUGCUAAUGGUUAAGGUUGGGAUCUGGGGUUGGGCCGGGGCUAACUUUUACCUGGAGCUGCGGAACCCUCUCCCUCCUCGCCUGAGGUCAGACCAUUCUUAGCAAUGAUCUGAGGACAGUUUAGUCUUUUAGGGCAGUUUACACACACACUGGUGUGUGACUGGUGGUGAGCAAGGUUGGGUUAGUGUAAAGCUGAUCCUAGAUCUGUAGUGGUUCUACUUGUAUCAGCACUAACACUGAUGGCCUGCCUAUGCUCUCCUCUGCUACGGACUGGCUCCUCAUUCUGCCAAGUUUUUAUUUUGUGAACUCAACCCCGGCCAAUGUUGGACGAAACUAUUUAUUUAGUGAAGGAUCGUCGUCUUAACUCUAUAUUUGUUCAAGCUAAGAUGUUGUUUGGGAAGGUAAAUACCAGGUCAAAAGAGGAGGGAGGUCAGGAAAGUGUUUCCCGUCAUCAAGGGUCUCACAUCCAGCGAUUAAACUAUCUCAGGACUUGUUUUCCCUGCUGGCUGUUUUAUAUUACUGCAUCAUCACCGGCUGCUUUUCUUUUAUCUCAGUCUGGUGGCACAGAUCUAGUUUUAAAACCAACUCUCUUUCUUUGCAGUAUAAAUGUUCUGUCGACCUUAAGGAGAUCUUGUUCUUUAGUUGUGGUGUAGUUGCCUCAGAAACACUCUAAAAGGAAAACGGGUGUUUAGUUUACUCCACUCCUCCUUUUCAUAAAGAGGUUUAGACUGCAGGAACAUGUGUGUUUCCGUUUGGCUUUUUAAAUCAUAGUGAAUAAGAUAAUAUGGACAGAGGGGGGACCUGAUCCUAGAUCAGCACUAGCCUGGUCCCAGGUCUGUUUGUGUUUUUGCCUACUCCAAUGCCAUUGUCAAGUCAGACUUCAUGUUCUGCAUGACGAUUCCAUAAGGAGUUGGCCAGAGAGCAGUACCAGACUGGCACCCAGGCUAGAUCUGCACUGCUACUCUGAGACAAAGUGAAUAUGGACCCAGAACCCUCCAGUGGCUCUAUAACCACUUGCUCCACCCAGGGGUGUGGUCACAGAAGCCUCCAGUGGCUCUAUAACCACUAGCUCCACCCAGGGGUGUGGUCACAGAAGCCUCCACUAGCUCCACCCAGGGGUGUGGUCACAGAAGCUUCCAGUGGCUCUAUAACCACUAGCGCCACCCAGGGGUGUGGUCACAGAACCCUCCAGUGGCUCUGUAACCACUAGCUCCACCCAGGGGUGUGGUCACUGAUGACUGGUGAGCCGGAGUGGCUCUUAUUUGUUUUCAUUUAUGUGACUAUAACUAUGCAGAGGCUUUAAUCAGCAUUCCAUCACAGCAUUGUAAUCAGUGUCUGAAUAGUCUCUUAGUAGCCUUUCAUAUUUUACCACAUGAACAAAGAAAGGAUCGUGAGAAUAGUCUAUUGAACUAAUAUAUGUAAAACAUUUAUUUUGAAUAAUAAUCAUAAAAAAAUGUGUAAGACAGGAAUGGACAUGAUUUAGCUGGACAGCUACAUUAUACUGAUCUACAGAGAUCUACAGAGAUACUGAUCUACAGAGAUGUUUGUCUUAAAUCAUUGUUUUGAUGUAAGCUGCACAAGUCUUCUAUUGGGCUGUUAUUCAUUUGAGGUUGAACUGUAAGUCCUGUGGUGUGUCGAUUAACUCUGUGUACUGAUUUACUGUGCUAACAGAGUACAUAACUCUGUGUACUGAUUUACUGUGCUAACAGAGUACAUAACUCUGUGUACUGAUUUACUGUGCUAACAGAGUACAUAACUCUGUGUACUUAUUUACUGUGCUAAGAGUACAUAACUCUGUGUACUGAUUUACUGUGCUAACAGAGUACAUAACUCUGUGUACUGAUUUACUGUGCUAACAGAGUGCAUAACUCUGUGUACUGAUUUACUGUGCUAACAGAGUACAUAACUCUGUGUACUGAUUUACUGUGCUAACAGAGUGCAUAACUCUGUGUACUGAUUUACUGUGCUAACAGAGUGCAUCCUACUGCCUGAUAUGCAGUGUUCACAAUGGGCACAGCACUCACUGAUUCUGGGUUCUCUGAGGAUGAUAAAAGGUGUUUAAAACAAACCGGCUAAGCACGUUGCGUUUUAUCUUGUUGCAUAGCAGUAGUAAUAACAGUAGGUUAGUUUAGUGGUUUGAGUGUAGGCCUGUGACAUGUUUUUAGUCUACAUUUGGGGCAAUAUUUCCAAAGAACCACAAUGCAUUAAUCAUCAGUAUCAGCUUUGCCUCUGAUGCACAGGUAGGCAUACAUCAGAACAGGAAGUCUGUGCCUCUGAUGCACAGGUAGGCAUACAUCAGAACAGGAAGUCUGUGCCUCUUACGCACAGGUUGGGCUACACCAGAACAAGAAGUCUGUGCCUCUGAUGCACAGGUAGGCAUACAUCAGAACAGGAAGUCUGUGCCUCUUACGCACAGGUAGGCCUACAUCAGAACAGGAAGUCUGUGGGGGUGUUCACUUGUUGUAAUGGGUCUAGCCUACUGUUGGGAAAAUAAACUUUUUUCCACACAAACUUGUUUGAUGAGCUUUUAAGGGGUUGAGAGAAACCGUUAAUCCCUUGUGUUGAUUUGGGUAUGAGAAAGGUAAAGCAUUAAUCCUUGUGUAUUAGUAGGAUGAGCUGUUUGAGAGCGGCAACAUAAACCUGUUUUGGCGUUUUUCUCUGCCUCCUAUGACGUGCCAAAUGCCAAAUCAUAAGAAACAAUGGGUUGUUACACAAUAUAAAAUAACAAUCAACAUUGACAGAUUAUGAGAAUACAUUGAAAAAAGGAUGCAAUACCGAAAAGAAAGAAAUCCUAACCCAUACACUGCUGCCAUAAUGGACAAUACGAUCAUAAACUGUUGAACUCUAUAAUGAAAGCAGCCCAUCAAUUCAAAUGUCUUUAAAUCAUGUUUAUACAAUCCCUUUCAUUCUUUAAAAAAAUCCCAUCACAUUGCUGUGUUUACAUUAUUUCAACACCGUUAGUGAUUUCUUACAUUGUUUUAAGUGGCGUAAAGGGACUGCGACUGGGAGAGCGAUGGGAAGACCCGAUUCUUAAACCCUUUCUGAGUUGACCUUUUAUGUAAGACAGGGUUUUCGAACAUUACACUGGACAGUUUCACCGACGUUGCGUGUAAUGUCACUCGACAGUCCCCUGAUUUAACGUGCAAAGUGUUGCCCGACAGAG